AUGCUUGCUUAUGGUUCUUCUUGGCAGAAGAAGCUUUCAAAGCCUGUUAUGACUCCCUUUCAGAGUUUCUUUCAGUCAGAGGCAACUCUUGUUCCUCUAAACUACUAUGCUGCUCUUCAAUUCUCAUGUUUAAAGAUAUUUGAGAGGCUUGCAAAAUUAGAAAUAGUGUGGAGAAAAGGCGCGCUUAAAACUAAGCUAUUUGGUAUUGAAGUGGAACAAAAUUCAUUCGUUCACUCACAUUUUGAAACUCAAACUUGGAAAGAACAUUUCUUCAAACAGUUGCAAACAAUGUCUCCUCCAAGACCUGAAUCCGAAGCUGAAUUGAAGAAAAUUGAGAAGAACGAAAGAAGAAGGAAAAGCUACAAAGCUAAAAGGGAAGCUAGUUCCUAUCAGAAGAUCAAAGAUGAAAUUCCUGAAAUCCCUGGAUGGUUGAUGUCUAAUCAACUUGGUAAACAACUUGAGGCAAGUGAUAAAUUCACUAUGCUUGUAGAAAAAGGAGAAAUCUCUGUCAUUGAUGAGGUAAUUAACCAAGGUGGUGUGCCUGUCUUGGUUGAAUUUUUGGCAACUGGCGAUACCGCUGAACUGCGACUUAUAGCCGCACAGAGUCUCGCUAACAUCGCCCGUGGGAACCUAGUGCAAACACAGGUUAUAAUUGAUCAAAAUGGCAUUCCCCCACUUGUGUAUAGGCUUGGGACUGGAAAUGAUGAAAUCAGAGAAAUGGCAAUAUGUGCGUUAAGCAAUAUUUCCUAUCAUUCUACCCACACAAGGGAGGCUGUUAUUGACAGUGGUGCAUUCUUGGAAUUAUGGAAGUUGUUGAAGCAACCAUUUGAGCCACGAUUAACUAUACUAACAAAAGCUUCACUCGCCUUAGCAAAUUUCUGCCGUGGAGAACCUCCUAAUAAAACUGUUUUCAAUCAGAUACGGCAAAACAUGCCUGUAUUAAAGCAACUCCUGUUGAUGACAGAUAAACAAGUUGCCACAAACGCUUGUACAACAUUUUCAUUAAUUGCUAGCAAAGCAGAUAUGAUCCAAGCUGUGGAUGAAGCACAAAUUUGUGCAAGAAUGAUUGAAUUAAUCAAAAAACCUAUGCCAGAAUGUUUUGAGCCAGCUUUGCUAACUUUAGCAGAGAUUGCUGCUCAGAAUCAUGUUUCUGCUCAGAGAAUAAUUGGAGAAGAUCUCCAAUGGCUUCAAUCAUUUUUUACGGACCAAAAUAAUAUAAAGAUAGUUACACAAGCCUUGAGGCUAAUAUCAAAUCUCACUUGGACUGUAUUUCAAAUCCAGGCCGUCAUUUCUGCUGGUUUGGUUUUUGCUUUGGUUAAUUCUACUCGGGCUGAAUCAGACUUUAGAAAGGAUGCUGCACAGGCGAUUUUGAAUAUCACCAAUAAUGGAAGUCCGGAACAAAUUCUGUCAUUGGUGAAUGAUGGAUGCAUUCCCCCACUUUGUGCCCUCUUGACCUGUGCAGAUCCAAUGACGGUGUGUAUUUGCUUAAAUGGAUUGAGAAACAUUUUAAGGGCAGAUCAAGCACGCAAGGGAAUGGUUGAGGAGUGUGGAGGGAUGGAGAAGAUUGCAGUUUUACAGCACAAUGAAAAUACUGAUGCUAGGGACAUAGCUGUAGAGAUUUUGGAGGGCUUUUGGCCAGAGAAGAUUGAUUGGGAUCACUAUUUGAAUUAAGACUUUGAUCAAGACUUAUAUUACAUUUCUUUGUAAUGCUGGGUUAUGGUUUUUGUUUAGAGCACUAUGUGCAAUAAAUUGUAGCCAUUGAGUGGUUACAGAUUUUGAAUGGGUUUUAUAGAUAAACAGCUUGAUCAGCUGAAAUAGAGGAUGAAAACUAAAUUCCUUGAACCUGUCCUCAACCAAGCAGU